CCGAGAGCUACGCGGCGGCUGAGCGCAGGCCUCGUGCCGUAACGGCCAUCGCGGCGGCCGCGGUGGCGUCCCGGUGCCCUCCUGAGGCGACCUGCAGCUCCGCGAGGGAAGUGCUGAAGCUGUUGAAAGAUGGCAGAAGAAGUGGUGGUAGUAGCUAAAUUUGAUUAUGUGGCCCAACAAGAACAAGAGCUGGACAUCAAAAAGAAUGAAAGAUUGUGGCUUCUGGAUGACUCUAAGUCCUGGUGGCGAGUUCGAAAUUCCAUGAAUAAAACGGGUUUUGUGCCUUCUAACUACGUGGAAAGGAAAAAUAGUGCUCGGAAAGCAUCUAUUGUAAAAAACCUAAAGGAUACCCUAGGCAUUGGAAAAGUGAAAAGAAAACCUAGUGUGCCAGAUUCUGCAUCUCCUGCUGAUGAUAGCUUUGUUGACCCAGGGGAACGUCUCUAUGACCUCAACAUGCCUGCUUAUGUGAAAUUUAACUACAUGGCUGAGAGAGAAGAUGAAUUAUCGUUGAUAAAAGGGACGAAGGUGAUCGUCAUGGAGAAAUGCAGUGAUGGUUGGUGGCGGGGUAGCUACAAUGGACAGAUUGGAUGGUUCCCUUCAAACUAUGUAACUGAAGAAGGUGACAGUCCUUUGGGAGACCAUGUAGGUUCUCUAUCAGAGAAAUUAGCAGCAGUUGUCAAUAACCUAAAUACUGGGCAAGUGUUACAUGUGGUACAGGCUCUUUACCCAUUCAGCUCAUCCAAUGAUGAAGAACUUAAUUUUGAGAAAGGAGAUGUAAUGGAUGUUAUUGAAAAACCUGAAAAUGACCCAGAGUGGUGGAAAUGCAGGAAGAUCAAUGGAAUGGUUGGACUGGUGCCAAAAAACUAUGUUACUAUUAUGCAGAAUAAUCCAUUAACCUCAGGUUUGGAACCAUCACCUCCACAGUGUGAUUACAUUAGGCCUUCGCUCACUGGAAAGUUUGCUGGCAAUCCUUGGUAUUAUGGCAAAGUCACCAGGCAUCAAGCAGAAAUGGCAUUAAAUGAAAGAGGGCAUGAAGGGGAUUUCCUCAUUCGCGAUAGUGAAUCUUCGCCAAAUGAUUUCUCGGUAUCGCUGAAAGCACAAGGGAAAAACAAGCAUUUUAAAGUCCAGCUAAAAGAGACUGUCUACUGCAUUGGGCAGCGUAAAUUCAGCACCAUGGAAGAACUUGUAGAACAUUACAAAAAGGCACCAAUUUUUACAAGUGAACAAGGAGAAAAGUUAUAUCUUGUCAAGCAUUUAUCAUGAUACUGCUGACCAGAACUGACUGCUACAGAGCUUUAAUUCGUCAUGUAAUUGAAGACUGAGGAAAUGUUGGUCCAAUCGUGCUUGAUUGGAAAUUGCUGUUUCUAACUCUUUAUGAGACUUGACUAUAAUACAUAGUAUUUUUAUUAUAACUCAGCCCAUACAUAUAUACUACGUAUGCAAUGCAUCUGCAUAGAACAAUUCCUUAUCCUUGCUCUUUUGUUUUAUUUUCUUCUUUGCGGUUUUUCUCUUUGCUUCUCAUAUUAAUGUUUUUUAUUUUGAAAAAAGUCAAAUAAUGCAGAUCAGAAGUCUUUAUAUGGGAGAAUUCCUUUACUACCUUUCCUUUAUUUCCUUGUAAAGGCACCCUGUUAGUUUUGCCAUGGUUUUUCUUCAUAUAAAAUUAUUAUAUCUAUAUAUGGCAUAUGCUAAAAUAAAUUUCUUGGAGAGUGUUAAUCUUUUCUGUGACUAAAUAGCAAUAAUAAAUGCAAAAUUAGAAAUUACUUUCAGGUAUUGUCUUUGUCAUAAGCCAUUGUAAAUACCAAGUAUGUUGUAUUUAAUAAAAUUCAUUCAUUAUCCUCAAAAACAGGUGGGAUAUAGGUUAGAAAACAUCUGGUACAAUUUUAGUUUACAACUGUUGGAAACAAAAAUUACUAAAUUCUCAAUUUUUUUGGUGCUUUUCUCUCUUCUGGUUAUUUAAGAGAACAAAGUGAUCUUUGAGAUAUUUAGCUUUUAAAACUGUAAAUCGAUGUUCUAGUGUUAUUUUUUCCCACCAGUGUUAUUUCACCAAAGCAUCUUGUAUUAAGACAUGCUAUAUUUAUGCCAGCGUGAAAUAAGUUAUGGCCAGAUUUUGGGGAAAUAAGAAGCAGUGAGACAUUUGGGUUUUUUCUCCCUAAAUGACAGUAAUUGUCAGGGAUAGUAUUUCCUAUUUUCAUUUUCUCCCUUCAGCUUUGAGUUUUGUUCAUUGAGACAUUAAAAUUGAUGUUAUACUGGAGGAAAAAAUGAAACGUGCUCAUGGUUAGAGAAAAUUAUUUUUAAAUCUUACUUUUUUGUUUAAAUUUGGGUGUAUGCAUGAGAGGCCACUGUAAAGUAUUGAAUUUACUUCUGUAGGCCACAGAAGAAAAGCAGUUGUAUUUUAUGGUCACAGCUUUCUCUCCCAUUAUUAAUUCUGGAGAUUUAAAUUUAAGCAAAGUAAACAUCAAUGUUUUAAUUGAAAAUACUUAAACCACAUAACUUAGUAAAUAGUAGGAAAUCAUAUAUUUUCAAAAAUUUCCCCAAUACUGCCUAAGCAUAUGGAUGUUUCCAUUCUUUGCUAUGUUAUAAACAGACAUUAAAUACACCAGAAUUACUGAUGGUAAAAUUGAGGUUUUGUGAUUUAUGAGCUUUUUUUCCUUACUUCAUUGUUUUAUUUUGAAUUUUUAAAAAUUAUUUAAAUCUUAAAAUCAUUUAAAAACUUACGUUGCCACUGGGUGGCAGCCCUUGCUUUUCCCACUAAACAACAG